GGAACUAAUUCAAACCUUGGGUAGGUUAGGGAAGAUAAUUCAAUUUGGAUGUUAAUAUCAAAUUAAACAAGGGCGGGGUAGGUUCUAAAUUUAGGAUAGGACGAUUCUUAAAAUAGUAAUCUGCCACCUGGUCCAACUUUUUAUGAUAGCUCGUUCAAAUUAUCAUUCUCAUAUAAUAUACAUAUAUGGUUAUUCAGAGACAUGAAAAUGGCACUAAGCUAAUUCAAAUUCACAAAUGAAAUACAAAAAUUAAAUGAAGAUCAACUAUAGGUUAUCAAAGUGUGCAAAUUCCGCUACUUUCUUGAUAACUUAACACAGAUUAUAUAAAAUGAAGUGCACAACAGAUUAAUCAUGCCCAAGCAAAAAAAAAAAAACAUAUUAAUCAUGCCCAAGCAAAAAAAACAUAUUAAUCAUGCCCAAGUACGUAAUAUGAUAUGCACUAAUUAGUAGUGCAUAAGUGUAUGUUUUUAUGUUUGAUUUGUGUGGAUUGUUUACCGUUUUAUUUAGUUUGUAAACAUUUGUGUGAUUUUAGUUGUAAUUGUAUUUUAAUCUUCAUUUGUAAGUUGUAAAGUAGAGUUAGGAAUUAGGGUGUUGAAAAGGAGGACUUUGAAGUGAAGAAAAAGGUGAUAAGUGUGCCCAGGAGCACAAACCCGGUCGGGUCAGACCAUGCACCCGGUCGGGUCUGAUGUAAAAUCCGAAACUGCCUGGAAAAUCAUCAGACCCGGUCGGGUCCCCUACUUGACCCGGUCGGGUCAGACUUGACCCGGGACACCAGAACGUGCCGAAGAUCGCCAGAACGUGGAGGAUAUCUGAUUUUGACCGGACCCGGUCGGGUAAGCACCUAACCCGGUCGGGUACCCGGCCCAAGGUGUUGAAAAACACCUAUAAAUAGCCCCAUUUUCCUUCACAAAGAAUAACUCCUUCUUCCAUACUCUUAAGCUCAGUUUAGAAUAGUAUUUCUUUUAUAUUUUUAUAGCAUGUUUAGUCUCCAAAUGAGGUGCUAAACUUCCAUUUCUUGGUGUUGCUCUUGAAGCUUGUUGAUUAUUAAAGUUGUGAGUUAUUUUCUUAACUUCUUCCCUUGAAUAUUAAUUAUUCUCUUAAUCUAUCUAUAUAUUAAUGUUGGGAGUGUUGCUAAGAUGACAAUUAGUUAACAUCUCGACAUUAGUUAUAGUAGUAUUUAUUUUCUUCCUCUAUAUAUUAAUGUUGGGGAGUGUUGCUAAGAUGACAAUUAGAUAACAUCUUGACAUUAGUUAUAGUAGGAUUAUUCAUAUUUAAUCUUCUUCCUUGAAUAUUAAUUCUUCCCUUAAUCUAUCUCUAUAUUAAUGUUGGGGAGUGUUGCUAAGAUGACAAUUAGUUAACAUCUCGACAUUAAUUACUACUAGAAACGAUCAACGAACCGAUGGUUAAUCAUUGACGGUUUCACAAGUAAGUAACUUCGGUUUAUUAAUGCACGGUCGUGGUUAAUGAACUUAAGAGGGAUUAAUUUUGUUGGUUAAACCGAAACCGUUGUGUUGAGGUUAUCAAUCUCAAUUGAUUUCAUCAAGGAGUUAAGAGAUUAAAUGCUACUAUUAAGUCGGUAUAUGGCGGUGUUCUAUACUUGACUAAUAGUAAGGGUUAUUAAUGAACGGUCGUUGUUAAUAACUACUCUCGAUGAAUUGGAUAUACUCCUCGAUUGAGUAUUCGAGAGGGAAUAAACUAUAGAUAUAACAAUGAUCGACUAAAAUAUAUCAACAAGUGGAAAGUAGCAAUGCCAAGUCUUUUUUAUCUUUGAAUUAAAUCACAUUUAAGUUGUUCAUCUUUAAUUUCUGUUUAAUUAAAUUAAAUCAUUCAAUCCUAAACCCCCCUUUUUAUUUACUAGUUCUAUAAAAAGAGAAUUAUUCAUUUCCCUGUGGAUACGAACUCUACUACGCUAUACUACGAAUUAGUGUUAGUAUUGAAUUUAUUUUGACGCACCGUGACAAAGUGCACGUCAAAUUUGGCGCCGUUGCCGGGGAAAGGCAAUUAUUUUUCUUUUUAUUUUAUCUCAUAAAAAUCAAAAACAAAAAAAAAAUAAAAAAAAUUAUAAAAAAAAACUUACUCUUCUAUUUUCUGAGCUUACAUGAGUUAUGAGAAUAUGGAUACCGAUAUAACAUCCUUAGAGAGUCAAAUUUCCACUUUGACUUCUCUAAUAAAGGAAUUUAUAUUAAACUCAAAAGCUCAAGAUGUCGAGACAUGCAACAUUUGCAUGUCUCACAGGCAUCUUACGGAUUUUUGCCCGAAGCUCCAAGAAGAAUACUUCGAACGAAUCGAUGAUGAUGUUGGUUUCCAAGGGAAGGAACCUCACAUGAGGUAUGAUCCGUUCUCGACCUCUAACAUGUCCACGGAAGACAUUAUUCUGACUCUUGCUACCAACAUGACCACCAUGCAACAAAACAUUGUGGAAUUCCAAAAUGAGACCAAGUCUAGCAUUUUAAACUUGGAAACUCAAAUGAGUCAAAUAGUUGAAGCUGUGAGUAGACUUGAAGCAAGAGAUUCAGAAAAACUUCCUUCUAAAAUAGAAUGUGAUCCUAAACAGCAAACUUUUGCAAUCACUUUGACAAAUGAAAAGGAAAUGCAAAAGGAGAUCCAAAAUCCAGAAGAAGUAGAAGAAGUAAAAGAUACGGAGCUCCAACUGGUCAAAGAAGAGGAUAAGCCGAGCUUCAAAUUCAAAUUUUUGUCAUUGUCAUCCUUUGAGGUAUCUCCAUCAUUUCUGGAAGCUUUAAGAGAAACUCAUAAACUUGAAAAUGACAAUGACAUUUCCGAAAUCUUCUUCAAAAUUGAGGGGUCGAAAAACUUUUCAUUGACCAUGCUAAACGAUAGUUUCUUCCCCUCCCUCCCACAUGAAUCAAUGAAAAUCUGGAUAUUUGAUCCUGGAAAGAUUUUCAAAGUGAAGAGUCGGAAAAUUGAGCAUUCCUAUGUAAGUCCUAGAAGUGAAAAUGUGAAGAAGAUGAAUUAUCACCAUCCAAGCUUGAACGAUUGAACACAAUGAUGGCGUCGUGCCGCGACGUUAAACGAGGCGCUUCUUGGGAGGCAACCCAUGUAAGGUACGUUUACUUUUUGUUCUAGUUUAAGUUUACACUUCAAAAAAAAAAAGUGAAGCCUGGGGAACAUACCCGGCCGGAUACCACACUACACCCGGUCGGGUAUAGCGUAAAAAUACCAUACCCGCACAACUCGCCCGGGCGAGGCAGCUAAGGAACAGAGAAAAAUAGACACACCCGACCGGGUACCCGGCCGGGCAACCCUGCAAAAAACUCUCUGCCUCGGGUGAACAGUUUACGCCCGACCGGGUCAUUCACUAUACCCGGCCGGGCGGUCGGGAAAAAUCCCGAUCAGGAGGCGGGCGGGCAGCUUUCUUCCUCACUUUCUUUUCCCCAUUCGAACCGAACCCCAAAUUUCCUCCAUUUCCAAGAGUCCAAAGCUUCAUAUCUCCUACAUCCAUCCACCAAAUGCAUCAAGUAAACCCAAUUCAUUCAUCUCCUCUUCACCCUCUUCAUCUCCACACCCACAAAUCACCAACAAAACCUCCCAAAAGUACCAAAAAAAAAACGCAUUCAUCUCAUACACAAGCACUAGGGACAGUGCUUUGAUUAGCUUGGGGGGAGAGUUUUAUGGAAUUUUCACAUUCAUACUCUUUAUUCUUGUUUUAAAAAAAAAAAAAAAAAAGCUUGUUAAGUUGAAAACCUGAAAGGGCAACUUAAGCAAAAAUAAAGCAAAAAUAAGAGUGAGUUGUGAGGAUUGAAACAGAAAAAUGUGGGAAGCUGGGAUGAAAACCCGAAAGGGCACCUAGGCAAAAUGAGAGAAUGAGAGAAAGUAUUUUCUUUUCUGCAGGAUCCUAAGGGUAACGAAAAAAAAAAUGAGGUUGAUAAGAAAUAUGGAGUUAAAGACCCCUCUUUACUGUUAUAUUUUGGGGGAUAUUUUUUGUUAUUCUAAAAACACACGUGGAUGUUGGUGUUGAUACUCUUGUCAAUUUAAGGACUUCUUGGACUGGAUUUGGUUUACUCGAGACGAGUAAAGGUUCAAGUGUGGGGGUGUUUGAUAUGCACUAAUUAGUAGUGCAUAAGUGUAUGUUUUUAUGUUUGAUUUGUGUGGAUUGUUUACCGUUUUAUUUAGUUUGUAAACAUUUGUGUGAUUUUAGUUGUAAUUGUAUUUUAAUCUUCAUUUGUAAGUUGUAAAGUAGAGUUAGGAAUUAGGGUGUUGAAAAGGAGGACUUUGAAGUGAAGAAAAAGGUGAUAAGUGUGCCCAGGAGCACAAACCCGGUCGGGUCAGACCAUGCACCCGGUCGGGUCUGAUGUAAAAUCCGAAACUGCCUGGAAAAUCAUCAGACCCGGUCGGGUCCCCUACUUGACCCGGUCGGGUCAGACUUGACCCGGGACACCAGAACGUGCCGAAGAUCGCCAGAACGUGGAGGAUAUCUGAUUUUGACCGGACCCGGUCGGGUAAGCACCUAACCCGGUCGGGUACCCGGCCCAAGGUGUUGAAAAACACCUAUAAAUAGCCCCAUUUUCCUUCACAAAGAAUAACUCCUUCUUCCAUACUCUUAAGCUCAGUUUAGAAUAGUAUUUCUUUUAUAUUUUUAUAGCAUGUUUAGUCUCCAAAUGAGGUGCUAAACUUCCAUUUCUUGGUGUUGCUCUUGAAGCUUGUUGAUUAUUAAAGUUGUGAGUUAUUUUCUUAACUUCUUCCCUUGAAUAUUAAUUAUUCUCUUAAUCUAUCUAUAUAUUAAUGUUGGGAGUGUUGCUAAGAUGACAAUUAGUUAACAUCUCGACAUUAGUUAUAGUAGUAUUUAUUUUCUUCCUCUAUAUAUUAAUGUUGGGGAGUGUUGCUAAGAUGACAAUUAGAUAACAUCUUGACAUUAGUUAUAGUAGGAUUAUUCAUAUUUAAUCUUCUUCCUUGAAUAUUAAUUCUUCCCUUAAUCUAUCUCUAUAUUAAUGUUGGGGAGUGUUGCUAAGAUGACAAUUAGUUAACAUCUCGACAUUAAUUACUACUAGAAACGAUCAACGAACCGAUGGUUAAUCAUUGACGGUUUCACAAGUAAGUAACUUCGGUUUAUUAAUGCACGGUCGUGGUUAAUGAACUUAAGAGGGAUUAAUUUUGUUGGUUAAACCGAAACCGUUGUGUUGAGGUUAUCAAUCUCAAUUGAUUUCAUCAAGGAGUUAAGAGAUUAAAUGCUACUAUUAAGUCGGUAUAUGGCGGUGUUCUAUACUUGACUAAUAGUAAGGGUUAUUAAUGAACGGUCGUUGUUAAUAACUACUCUCGAUGAAUUGGAUAUACUCCUCGAUUGAGUAUUCGAGAGGGAAUAAACUAUAGAUAUAACAAUGAUCGACUAAAAUAUAUCAACAAGUGGAAAGUAGCAAUGCCAAGUCUUUUUUAUCUUUGAAUUAAAUCACAUUUAAGUUGUUCAUCUUUAAUUUCUGUUUAAUUAAAUUAAAUCAUUCAAUCCUAAACCCCCCUUUUUAUUUACUAGUUCUAUAAAAAGAGAAUUAUUCAUUUCCCUGUGGAUACGAACUCUACUACGCUAUACUACGAAUUAGUGUUAGUAUUGAAUUUAUUUUGACGCACCGUGACAAAGUGCACGUCAUAAUACUUCUAA